AGCGGUUUGGAGUAUAAGAUGAUGAUAAUUCUAGGGAUGAAAACAAAGGACAAAGAAGCAUCCUCUGUCGCCACUGUUGAGCGCUUCCAGACACCAUCGCAAUUGGAGUUCUACCUACCUACCUACCUACCUACCUACCUACCUACCUACCUACCUACCUCCCUUACCUCGGAUACCAAGGUAGACCCCAUUCCAGGUAGGAGCACUCGACCCUGGCACGUGAUCGCAUUGGCUUUACACUGAUUGGCCAGAAAUCAGCUCUUCGACCACUCCUCUCUUUUCUCUUCUAGAAAUUCCCCUUUCGCUAUCCAUCUAGUCUCGAGCCAUUUUGCCAAUUCCGCAUCGCUUUCUGGUAGAUCCACAAUGGGAAUUCUUCUGACGUCGACGUGGAAUUUGUACCCUCUCUUUCCACUCAAAUCGCCACAACUCAAAGAUUCCCAGAUCGUCGGGGCUUCCAAGAAUUUAUUGUGGUGGCUG